AUGACGUAUCAAAAAUGCCAAUAUAUUGAUCGUCUUUAUGACAUUCCAAUAUCGACUAUCGAUAGUGAAGAGUUUGUUCUAUUAGAAAAAAUACAAAAUUCUAUCAAUUCAGGUAUAAAAUAUUUUACUCACAAUGGUUUACUAAUACCAUUCGAAUGUGAUGGACAAGGCAAUAAACUAAAACCAUAUCGCAUUCGAACUUUUAUUUCUGAUGUAAUUUACUGUUACAAACGACUACCAUCUGAAACACAUAAUAAUGCAAUGAUACAAAUGGUUCGAGAUAUUCAUAGAGAUGUACCUAUGAUUCGUGAAAAUACAGAGAUUUUAAAAAGUAAAGUUGAUGCUAUCCUUCGUCAAACAUUCGAACUAGCUGAAUUUACUAUACCUCGACUAUUCAUUGUUCUACCAGAAGAAACAGCUACUUACAAUCCUGAAAAUUGGUUUCACUAUCGUUAUCGAUUGUAUUUUCUAUGUGAAUGUGAAGAUGAUCAUGAACGUCAUCUAGCAUUUCAUGAUGGUUACGAAAUAAAACAACCUCGUGAAUUCUUAAUUAAAUAUGGACAUCAUACACGUCGAAUGUUAACAUUAGUAAAGUACGCUACAACCAUCGGUAGUAUUGUUAUUCCAUCGAUUGGAUCUUUCAAGCCAAAUAAUUCGAUUCCAAAUGUUUUUAAAGAUCGAUUUAUGUGGGGAAAUUUUAAACAACAACUCGAACAAAUGAAUGAAACUCUCGAAAUAGCCGAGCGAACUGUUGACUUUUCAACAGAUCAAGCCGUUCAACAUUUACAAGGUGCAGAACUUCGUAAAAUAAAACAUUUUCUAAGACGAGUCGAUAAUCAACAAACAUUAGGUAAUUUAUAUCUUACAACAACAAAUGAUGGACAUAUUCGAUGGGUGUGCAUUCAACAUUAUCAAAAUCCUUAUGCUGACACAAUUCUUCAAGAAUUACAAAAACGUUUUCGAGAAUUAGGUGGAGAAAUAAGAAGAGAGUCAGCUGUAAUUGAAGGACAAGAUUCGAAAAAAUUAUCACAGUUAUUAGAUUUACUUCGACAAGGUUUAUCUAUCAUUUCAAUUACUUUCAAAAAUAUUAAAUUUGAAGAAAAAGAUUUCAAUAAUUUAUUAACAUUUAUUUCACAAAAUACUCUCAUUCGAUAUGCCGAGUUUGACAAUAUUCGUGUUGCGUACAAUUUAAAACCUGAUAAAAAAUAUCGAGAAAUCAUUUCAGAACUCAACACGGCAUUACAAGAAAAUACUAAACUCAAUAUUCAAUAUAAUGUCGAAAUGCCUUUAAACAAAUUUUCGUCAAAAUUAUCCGACAUUAUUAAAAAGUCAAGUCCAAGAUUAUCAUUUCGAAUAGGUUCUAUCGAAUCAAUUCCUUCGCUAGAGAUUACGGGAACAAAUCAAUCUGAUUUUAGUUUAACAGCAAUUCAUGCUGAAACAAAAAAUGACAGACUAAAUUAUAUUCAAGCAUUUCAAAAUGUGUGUUCAAGGAAUUACAACAUAACAAAACUUCAUUUUCAAGGCAAAUCAUUCACUAGAGAAACUUGGUCGUAUUUCUCUGAAUUCGUGAAGAGUAGUCAAAUGAUACGAGAAUUAACUUUUUAUUGUCAAUUAACAUUAGAACAAACUCAAGAAUUAUGUACGAUUUUGAAAAAUAAUCAAAACUUGAUGAUUCUACAAUUAAUUAAUAUAUGGGAAAGUACUGAUGAAAUCGAAGGACUACAAGAAUUUUUUCUAAUGUUGUGUAAGAAUUCUACUCUUCGUGAAUUUGUCGCCAUCAGUGAAAGUAGAACUUUGCCGCUAGAUUUUAUUGCUGAUUGUCUCACAGAAAAUCAAACUCUCGAAGUUUUGAAACUUCCAAAAUGUUCAAUUGAUAUCAAUACUAAUAUUAAACUCAUCGAAAAUUUUCUUGAGAAAACUUCAAUUCACACAUUAUCCUUGGAACUAAUCGAAACAAAUAGUCAACGAAUGCUUGAAAAAAUUGCUACUAUCAUUAACAAUAAUUUGAAAA